AUGCCCCUCCCUUUCGCCUACGAAAUCGUCGUCAACGGCCCUCCCGACUGGCUUCGCAAACAUGCCUUCACGAUCCUCUACUCGGCCAUCGCCGUAGCCACUCUCGUGCUGCUGAAGCUCUACACAUCCGGUCGCACCAACCUCUCCGACCGCAACCUCCACGGCAAAGUCGUGCUAAUAACUGGCGGAACCUCCGGGAUAGGUUCGCGCGUCGCACAUCAUCUCGCCUCCCGCGGUGCACAGCUGGUUCUCCUCACGCAGACCCCCGUCUCCGACCCCUUCCUCGUCGAGUACAUCCAGGACCUACGAGAUCGAUACCGCAACCAGCUCAUCUACGCCGAGCAGGUCGACCUCUCGAGCCUACACAGCAUUCGAAAAUUUGCCACGAAAUGGAUCGACAACGCCCCCCCUAGACGGCUGGAUAUGAUUGUCCUCUGUGCGGCGACCAUGACGGCCCCCAAUGGGAAGAGGAAGGAGACGGCAGAGGGGAUCGAGGAGACGUGGAUGGUUAAUUUUCUGGCCAACUUCCAUCUGCUUGGUAUACUCAGCCCGGCGAUCCGGGCACAGCCCGUCGAUCGAGAUGUGCGUAUCGUCAUCGCCUCAUGCUCUUCCUACAUUGGGUCGAUCUCCCUGAAGGAAACCUUUGACGAGAGCAACUGGACCCCUGGCAUGGCCUACGCCCGCAGUAAACUAGCACUGCUGUGUUUCGGCCGUGCGUUUCAGAAGCACCUGGACUCCUACAAACGACCCGACGGUCUCCCCAUGAGGGCAAGAGUUAUCUUCGCCGAUCCGGGCUUCUGCCGUACCACGGGCACUCUCAGAUGGAUCACCAGGGGCUCCCUUUUUGGCCUCGCACUCUAUCUAGGAGCCUACUUUGUUCCCUGGUUUCUGCUCAAAUCAGCAAACCAGGGCGCCCAAUCUUUUCUCUACGCUUCUAUGGAAGAGGGUCUCGGCAGAGGUGAGGGUGCAAAGUUGAUCAAGGAGUGUCAGGAGGUAGAUUUUGCCCGUUCAGAAGUGAGAGACGAGGAGGUGGCGAAGAAGCUUUGGGAGGAGAGUGAUGCGUUGAUUGAGAAGGUGGAAAAGGCCGCGGCGAAGAAGAGAGCUUCGGAAAAGGUCAAAGAGACCAAGUCUGCCGAGGCAAAAGAAGACCAGGAGAGGGCAGAGGAGAUCGAGAGCUUGAUGAGCGCUAUCAAGAAGGGCAAGGCUAAGGAGGCUGAGAAGCAGACGGCGAACAAGAACAACGCUAGCAACGAGACCGGGAAGGCCGACGGUUCAGGAAAAGCUAGCAAAAGGAAGAGCAAGAAAUAA